CUUAUCCCCACGCGACCACCAAAAUUGGAGCUUAAAAACGACCUUAAUGGAUACGAGCUCCUCACACUGGGAGCUGAUGCUAUCUUUCAUCACAGCCAUUCGAUAGGCUUCUGGCACAUGAGUUAUGUUUGCACCGAACCUGAUGGCCAUCUGAUCUCCCAACGGACUCCACAAAGGAUAUCCAUGUGGAGGACUCCCACCCAAACCCACCAUCCUUUCAGCACAGACGGUUAUAUAAACGCCGAGGCAUGGUGAUUCGGAGAAGGCUAUGGAGGCCAAACUCCACUUGUCAUCUAAUCCACCACCACCCAUCCUUGUUUCCCUCAUCGGAAAACUAUCCUAACAUCCUUCUCAAAUUCCCCAUCUUCCUCCUCCAAAUCUCCAACCAAUCUCCUCCUCCUCCUCCUCAUCGAGAUCUCUUGUAUUUUCUUUGUUUUUCUUUGUUUUCACAACAAGAUCAUGGCUACCUUGGGAAGCUUGAGCUCUUUGUUUGAGAAACCGAUGCCCGAGAACCCGACGCUGUUUGAUUCUCUGUCAUCAUGGAACCAAACCAAGCCCAAGAAACCAAGUGAGAACUCGUCCUUCACGGAGAUCUUCGGUGAGCUCCACUUCCAAGAGAAGCCUGCACAAACCUCCGAGAAAAAGAAUGGCAGAAAUGGCUGUAAAUGUGAUCCCAAGAGCAAUGGUGGCUUCUUGGUGAAGAAUUCGGAGUCCCUGCAGCUCUGCACCGAAGGGCUUGGCUCCGAGAGCUCGGACGACGUCGAUGACUUGGUGAAGGAAGGUGGUGGUGAUUGGAGUGAUCUUGGGAAAGAGAAGGGCACAGAAAGGCGGUCUCGGCAUGAUGGCGUGAAUGGUGCUUAUUCGAGAAGCUUGUCACAGGUGCGGUCGAGGAGCCGUGGGGGCUUCCCGCCGCCGAUAUCAUCUAUCGGGAAGAGCGGCAAGCCAUUGAUCUCCUUCAAAUCUUAUAGGGAGGAUGGGAGGUUUGUUCUGAGAGAGAUCAGGAUCCCAACUUAUGAGUUCUUGCAAGCCUCUCGGGAAGACGGGCGGCUCAAACUGCACAUAGUCCACCCAGAAGAAGCCAUUUCAGAAGGAGAAGAAGGAGAACGUGAAGAAGAAGAAGAACAACAAGAGGAAGGGGUAGAAGAACAAGAAGAAGAAGAGAAGAAAAUAGCUGAUGAAGCGCACAGCAAUUAGUAAUAGACUUUUUGUUAGUUUAUGCCGUUUCUGAGGAAUUUCUUGGAGAAAAGUUUGACUUUCAUUUUUUUUUCUAAGGAUAAAGAGAGGAAAAAGAAAAAGAUAGAAACAAGAAACAAAGGUUAUUCCAAGAAGAGAAAUUAGACAGGAGAAAUAAGGGCUUUUACUCUUUCAUGUUUUCAAGCACAAUGAUAGUGAAUAAAUUAUAGUCUCAGGCUCUUGGUUCUCAAGAGA